GGUGGCAUUGAAAAUGAGAAUGAGGUCAGUAUUAUUAAUCAUUAACUGCUGACUGAUCAGGGGAUUUUCAGGAAACGUGACUUUGUUUUGGGGAGAUUUUGAAAGAGCUGAUUUGGAAGAAGAACAGUUUUUACCUGAACAAUGGCUGCACCCUGGAGCAGACUGCUGGCUUCAUUGUUGCUUUUCUCCUGCCUCCUCGCAGUGGAAGGAGAUGGGCCUGACCCUCUACAAAACUGCUCUGACUUUCAAUUUACAUCAUGGAGAAGCAUUCUACAAAGGACAAACCUCAAGAUCAGAUAUUUGCUGCUCACCCGCGCCAACCCAGACUGUGCCCAGAUUAUCAACGUCAGCGGCAAUGGCCUAGAAGAUUCACACUUCAGUGGGAGUCUGCCCACCAAAAUCAUCCUGCAUGGAUUCAGGGCGUUGGGGAAGAAGCCCUCCUGGGUGGUCCUGGCGAAACAGCUGAUCACUGCCAUGGAUGUGAACGUGAUUAUUGUCGACUGGGUUUAUGGGGCGACUGCUUUUUACCCCAUUGUGGUGCAGAAUGUCGCUGAGCUGGGACUGAGCAUUUCCAACCUUAUGAGACACCUCAUUAUUCAGGGAAGCAGUGAGGAAUCUUUCCAUCUCAUUGGAGUGAGUCUGGGAGCACAUGUGGCAGGAUUUGUGGGACGCAUAUUCAAUGGUACACUGGGACGCAUAACAGGUUUAGAUCCCGCCGGCCCCAAGUUUUCGAAGGCAAGUCUUGAUCAACGUCUGGACCCGGACGACGCACUCUUUGUUGAAGCCAUUCACACUGACUCUGAUAGCUUUGGGAUUUCUCGACCAGUUGGACAUGUUGAUUUCUACGUUAAUGGUGGAAAAGACCAACCUGGAUGUUGUCAGUACAGAAGCUUAUUCUCAGUGUAUAAACGUGUGAUCUGUGAUCACAUAAGAGCUGUUCAUCUGUACAUCAAUUCAAUCAAGAACCCCUGUCCUCUGGUGGCUUUCCCUUGUCAAUCCUAUGAGGACUUUGUCAACGGACAGUGUGUGGACUGCUUUUCCCAUUUCCUGCUGCGCUGCCCGCAAAUAGGACUGAUGGAGCGAGGGGGCAUCAGAGAAGAUGUUUAUCCGAAGGAAGCGAAAGUAUACAUGAUGACGUCAAAAGCAUCUCCUUUCUGCGUGAAACAUUUUCUGGUGAAAGUAUUUCUGAAAGAGUUGGGGACGAACAAACAGAAGAUUGAAGUAAAAUUUAAAGACAGCUACGGCACUGUCAUUUCAAAUCUACAGCUUUCUAUUUUUAUUUGCAGACCUUCUGGAAGGACACAACCACACACAAAUAUGAUUAAACAGGUCAUAUCGUAUGAUGCCCACGUCAAAAUGAACUCCAUCAGCGCAAAAUUAUUGACCAGCUGGACUAGGAAAAGUAAUUCGGUCCAUAUUAAUGAAUUGCAGGUUUCAGAGCUCCCACUGCACAAAAGUGGGAUGCCAACUUGGUGUGUGAGUAACAUAACGAUAUUUCAAAGUAUCCCGUUUUUUGUCCUACUGACCGUCGCUCUGGUCCACUCUGAAGUGAAGCGUUCCUUCCUCUCUGUUGAAGCUGGCAUUGAUCAGCAGUUGACUUUGGAAAUACAGAGCAAAUCCAAGAUUUGUGCCAAUGUCUUCUGCGGAGCUGGCAGGGAAUGUGCUGUGACGGAGAAGGGAGAACCCACAUGUCUGUGCAUUGAGGAGUGUAAACCGCACAAGAGAGUGGUAUGUGGAAGCAAUGGGAAGACUUACCGCAACCACUGCGAGCUCCACCGUGAUGCGUGUCUAACUGGCAUGAAGAUCCAAGUCUCUCACAAUGGAAUUUGCGAAGAGAAGAAGAAUGAAAAAGCAGCAGUCAGCAGUCCAGUUGUUUGCUACCAGGCAGAUCGCGAUGAGCUCCGUCACCACAUUAUGGAGUGGCUGGAGACUGAAAUCAUCCCCGAUGGCUGGUUUUCUAAGGGCAUCAACUACACAGACAUCCUAAACAAGUACUUCAAGAGCUAUGAUGAUGGUGAUUCACGUCUGGAUUCUAAUGAGUUCCUGAAAUUUGUGGAGCACAACGAGACUGCCAUCAACAACACAGCGUACAUCGAACAGGACAACAACAAGCUUCUCAGGGGCCUAUGUGUAGAUGCACUGAUCGAGCUGUCUGAUGAGAAUGCUGACUGGAAACUCAGCUUUAAUGAGUUCCUGAACUGCCUGAACCCUGGCUUUGUCCCACCUGAGAAGAAGUGUGCCCUGGAAGAUGAAACCUAUGAGGACGGAGCUGAGACCACAGUGGAGUGUAACCGUUGCAUCUGUGCCUGCGGUAAUUGGGUGUGCACAGCCAUGACUUGUGACGGUAAGAACACUUCAGAGGAGCACAGCCCGGCGACUAUGGAUGAGGAGAUGAGUGAGGAGGAAUGGACUAAGUAUGUUGAGGAGCUCAACAAGCACCAGGAGACGGCUGAGAAGGCUAAGAAAGUGCACGUAAAGGACAUCUAAAGGGGCAGGGUUCAGAAGAGAAGCAAAAUGAAGUGUUCUAAACCUGUUUCUCUCGUCCCGCCUAUCAGCAAAAUUUUUGCAAUCACUACUAAAUAUAUUUACUUUAUAAACAGUAUUUUUUGGGAGGGAUGGAGGGGUUCCUUGGUUUUAUUCAAGCAGAAUUUGUGUACUGUAACUGAAGAGGGUUUAGCAGAUGAGCGACCCCCGUAGAUAAUAAAUUGUACGUUGUGAUAGCUGAACAGACAGACCUGUGUGAAGGAAGAUGAUGAGAGACAUUUCAUACCUGUUCUUAACUUUCCCAAAUUCCUCUGCAUUACCCACAGAAACGGAGGCCGGAGCUUCUUCGUGCAGAAUUCUUUACGUACUGAACUGACUUAGCAAGUCCUGACCGACAUCCUGGCUCUACCUCUGCAAUAGAAUGAAGGAGUAAAACUAUUCAAAAGCUUCAAGAGUAAAUGGAAUGCUUAUAUUGGAGCAGGAAGAUCUGAAUAAGGUAGUGACCGAAAGGUCACUAAAGUAAAAUUAGUUUAGUGACCCAGACAGCAGUUAAUUUAGUUUAGUGACACAGACCACAGUUAGUUUAGUUUAGUGAUACAGACUGCAAUUUAGUUUAGUGACAUGAACCACAGACCCAAUUGAAUAACUAAAGCUUCUAACAGUUGUAGAUUUACAAUGUCAACACACUUGAAGUAAUGGGACUGAGGUGGAGCACAAACUAACUCAACUUUCCUGGCUGAAUUAACAUCAGAAAAUAAUGUGAAGGAUAAUUCUAGUAUUUAAUAAUAUCUAUAAUGUGAUUCAAAAGCGAUUGGAACUAUUGUGUUUGCGAUGUGUUUGUGCAUCAGAGUUUGACUCCUAGCUUUGAUGCUGGUCCUUCUGUAGGUCAUGCAGAGGAUUCUGUAUGAAAAUGCCUUUAUCCAUCUUCUCCAUGGUUUGCCAGUACUCUAUUAACUUUUCACAAAGGUGCUAUAUUCCUUAAUUACGUUUUUUUUAAAGUAAGAUUUGACACUUCAUUCCCUUUGUAGUUUCUCUAGUGUGUGGAAUUUUUUAUUUAAAGUUCACUAUUGAUAGGAAAAUCUGCAGCGCUGAUCAAUGCAAUGGAUGCAUGAGUGUGUAGGGGACAGAUUGGAAAUCCUCAAAAGAAUUUGGUGGAGAUGAUCCAUAAUUACAAGGCGUAACAGCAUGAAAUUUUCAUUGUGCCAUAACCACAAAGGGAAUCGAUCGCCUUUCACCAGAACUCUGUGGAACAGUUGAGAUCCAUUUUUAAUCAAGAAUUGCCACUCACAGUGGUAAAUCAGCAGAGAGAAAGCUAUGUGUGUGAGGAAGUAUUCAGUAACGAACCUCAGCAGUACUGUGAUGUACUAUGAAGUGUGUGUUAUUGAAAUAGUUACAAACAUUGCUAGUAUUAAUAGCAGAAUUUGGUUAUGUCUUGGUACAGUGUGCUGCUAUAUUGAUGGUAUACAGUAACAUCCCCAGCUAUAGUACAGAUCUGCAUUAUCCAAAGAGUAUUACGUCAUAGCUAUGUUGAAAGCUUAAUAUCAAAUGAAUUCCUGUAGUCCAGUUAAAAUGAUUAUUUACUAUGGACAUGUCCAUUGCAUUUUGUGACCAGACCUAACGUUGGCUGAUCGUAAUGGGAGAAACACAGGAAUUUGGUCAACUUUCAAGAUGCCUCUCUCCCCCUCCUCCACUUUGGUACUGCCCCGAGCAGUGGGAAAAAUGCACGAGAUUACAGAGCUGUUGUUUCACACAUGGGUUCAAAUGCCGAGGCAGAUGAAAACGAGAGGUUAUGCUGUAGUGCCAAUGAGUCUUGUAGAGUUUAGCUCAGUUUGUACUCCAAACCACAAAUGGGUUAAACCUGUUGCGAAGUGAGAAAUUCUUUUCAAUUCUAUGAAUUCUCCCAUACUUUUGAGCUGAUUCACCUGAGAAUAUGGUAAUGAAUCUGAUUGAGUAUUAGCAAGGGAAAGCCUCUCUUGCCUACAAUAAAGAAGACCCAUAACUUUGCCGGAGAUAUAGAUAUUUAAUCAGUUUUUAUAUCCCAAUAUCAGUGUGAGAGGGUCACAAAGUAUUACUAACUUGCACACGUGUUCGCACCAUUCCUUUUCUAAAAUGGAUGUUAUCACUCCAAACCUGUAUUUCUGCUACUCUUUUGAACUAUGUUUUAUUAAAUGCAUAGGAGGAAUCAUGUACACCCCUGUGAGAGCAGUACUAUCACAGGAGGGUUGGCUCAUGUAUUGUAGUGUUUUUGUACUUACUGGUAUUUUUGGGUAUAAUGUCAAUAAAUUUUCUUUAAAAAAAANCUUCAUAAAUUCAUAGUUUCCUGUUAUUUAAAAAUACCUGGGCAUACUGUUUGCUUUAAGUUGUUUACUACAGGGCAUUGAAGUUGUUUCACUUCACUAGAUGAGUGGAUCUAUGUAUAAGAUGUAUGUCCAAACCUGUAACUUACUCCUCUAAGCUCUGUACCACGUGCUGAAGAGAGUAAAGUCUGUGUUUUGUGCCCUGGA